CCGUACCUGCUCUUCUGCCAAGUCCUUAAUCGGGUAGCGAAGUUUCUAGCUUUCAACCACACCACCAACUAACUGUAGCCAUGGUCGUCGCGGCCCUGGAGCUCUCCCUCUCGCUCUCGCUCCCCACGCCGUCGGCGGCGCCGGCGCUCAGCAAGGAUGACUACCUGGCCAUCUGCCUAGCCGCGCUCGCCAACACCCGCGGGCACGUCGCCAGCAAGUGGUGCCCGCCGGCGCCAGCAGCAGAGGAGCUCAGGUUCCGCUGCAUGGUGUGCGGGAAGGCGUUCGCGUCGUACCAGGCUCUCGGCGGGCACAAGUCCAGCCACCGCAAGUCCCCUCCAGCUGCAUCCGCCGCCGCUGAUAACUCCCAGUCCUACGAGACGUCGUCGGGCGGGAGCAGCGGGCCGCACCAGUGUACCAUCUGUGGGAGGGGCUUCUCGACGGGGCAGGCGCUCGGCGGGCACAAGCGCUGCCACUACUGGGACGGCACCUCCGUGUCCGUUUCGGCUAAUUCAGCGUCAGGGGUAACGACGAGGAGGAACUUGUUCGAUCUGAACCUUUUGCCGGUGCCGGAGAGCGUCGGGAUCAAGAGGUGGGCGCGGGAGGAGGAGGAGGAGGUUCAGAGCCCAUUGCCGGCCAAGAAGCUCAGGGUGUAAAACCAGCUGACUUCUGUAUCCUCCGCCGCGACUUCUCUGCUCCUUGAUUAAUUGUUGAAUUCGUUCGUUUCAUUCAUUCAUUCAUUCCUUCAUAUCUCAAUUUAUAAGGCCAUAACCAUGAGAGCUUUGUUGUAACUAUAUGGAUCUGCGAGAUGUACUGAACAAUUAAUGUGCAUGUUGUUCGACAAUUGGUGUUAAUAUUUUUCUUACCUCAUUUCUUACAAUCGAGAUCAGGUUCAUUGA